AUGGGAAGGGCUAGCACUGCUGAGCGAAGCCAUAUUGGAGAUUGCUUGAGUCGAGUGAGAGGCGACGAGUGCAACAUCGAGUACGACGGGAAGUUGUAUUCCUUAACAUCGUCUGGGGAUCUCAACUAUCCCGACCUCGCGAAUUUUCCAGUUGUUCGAGCUAGCGAGGUGUCCCCCGUAAAAGAGAGCCCCGAUAUAGCUUCCCUGCGGAGGAGUUCUGUGCUAGUAGAUUUUGGGUCUCACUCCUGUAUCCGACGAGUCGAUUCACAGCCUUACCCAAUUAUCAAGCUAGCGCAUCCCGAUGCUCUAUCCAUUGCCCUCCUACAAUACGAAUAUAAAGUGCUUGACCGGCUGGCACUAUUCGACCUACCAAUCCCUUCCUUUUCCGACAAACCAAUUUUCGAAUCUGGCAAGAUACGCGGCUACCAGAUGAAAGAGCUCUAUAAAUUGGAACAUGACGAGAUGCGUCUCCGUUCGGAGGAAAUCAAACGAGCCGUAAAGCAGUUCCACGAAGCGGGCUAUUCGCACGGAGACUUGAGCCUGAGCAACGUUAUGAAAGAUGACCAAGGGCGCAUUGUACUUAUUGAUGUUAGCUUCAGCGGUCCAAUUGGGGCGAAGAUACCGUCUUGGGUUCCGAAUUGGGCUUAUGAAGGGGCAACAUUCCACACAGCGAGCGACAUGAAACGAAUGCAGAGUUUCUUAUCCUGA